UGUUGCCGUAUUGACGAAACUUUGAGUGCUACRUUUUGCAUGCAAACCAUACUUGACAGUGAAUUUAUAACUGGAGGUAGAUUUGUAUAUUAUACAACAUCUAUUUGCCAUGGAUGAAGCUACUGUUGUUUGCUGUGGGUAUUUGAAAAAAUCGCCUCCUGAACGAAGGCUAAUGCGAACGUGGCACAAGAGGUUUUUUGUUCUCAAGUCUGACAAGACAUUAACCUAUUAUCCAAGUGAGAAGGACAAAAGGCCAGUAAAGGGACCCAUUGACUUGAACUCGUGCCAGAGUAUUGAAGCUAACCUUCAUCAUAACAACAAAAACUUCAAGCAUGUCUUCAGCAUUAUCACCACAAUGAGAACUUAYUACUUGGUKGCUGAUUCUCAUGAAGAAAUGAACAAAUGGGUUAAGAACUUGUGCAAGUGUUGUGGGUUUGAAAARCAAGAUGGGAAACCAUCCCCAGACUUUCUUAGAAAUAGAGCAGAAACAAAAUCACAAGACAUAAUUCAUAAAGCGGAGCCUUCAACAUUACCCAGUCCAGUGGUGACACCCUCACCACCACCAAUAUGUCCACUCUCUCCACCUAAAUCACCUGGGAUGACAAUGCUGAGUGGCAAACCAGAUAGAUCCYUSAGCGACCCCCCUGAUUCUGAUGACGUCAUCAGAAGAGCAGAAAAACAAUACAUUGAAAGCAGGMUGCGUCGCAAGUCUUCUGAAAUUAUUAGAAUUUCUCCAACAGGUCCAAGUAUGACUUUACCUGUAAAAGCACCACCGUUAAGUCAGUUACCUGAAUGUUAUGAUAUAGUCCCUCCUGUCCAUUCACAAAGUCCACAUGAAGUUGAYGGAGGAUAUGAUUCACUAAAGCCACCGCCAUGUGGUGUCAGAGUAGAGGAGAGUAAUAGGCAAUCAUUAACAAACUAUGACGUUGUACCAAGACCAAGGCCAUUGUCUUCAGAAGUGUAUGAUGGCUCUUCAAAAGCAUCUGAUGAUGAUAUUUAUGAUAUUCCGCCUACUAGGAAUUCUGAACGUGGUAAUUAUGAUGUAGUUCCAACACCACGACCUGUAAGUCAAAAUGAUCCRUAUGAUUAUGUGCCAAGACACAACCGCUACAGUUACAAUCCAGAAGAGACUUAUGAUACAUUGCCAAUUCGGCAUAGUCGUGAAAUUAGCAAUUUUGACGYACAAARCCAAGAUGUUUAUGAUAUUGUGCCACCGCCAAGACCUCAAAAGAGUGAUUCAGAWUAUUAUGAUACACUGCCACCACCUAAUAGGAACUCAGAAGAUGUCAGUGAUACACUACCUAACAUGGCUGUACCAGCUAGACCCCCCAAACCAUCCAAUAUUAAACAGGACCAUUAUGAUAUUGUACCUGCACCAGGAUCUAAGAAAUCAAUGCAAGGACUAGAAUUGAGAAAUAGAGACUCAGGAUCAUAUUCAGAUGAUAUUUAUGAUGUCCCACCAAAGCAGUCAAAUGAAAAUGAUAUUUAUGAUAUUCCUCCAAGGCCAAGUGAUGCUGAUAUCUAUGAUGAACUACCUAGACACAGCAGUGAAGACUUAUAUGAUAUUCCACCAACACAAUUAAGUGGAUCAGGCUCUGGUGUCCCUCCAGUGAUUGAUAGAUCUAUCAAGCCACCUCCCCUCUGUCGCAGUACAAAACCAUCMAAUCAUGACUACACAAACCUUGCUCCACCAGUAGACAGGAAAUCCAAACCACUUCCCUUGAAACAUUCUGAUGUCACGGUUCACUCUUAUGAAAAUYUAUGUGAGAAUACCAGAAAGCAGCUAACAAAGAGCCAUUCAUUGCAAGAGACGGAUUCRCGCGAUUAUCAUCAAACAGAUUAUUGCGACAUGCAACCAUACAGGUCUGAUGACACAAGGUGUUACAGCUUUUCCAAAGAAAAUUAUGUUUCAUCUGAUWUUUAUGAAGAAAUGGGCCCCAAUGUUAUGAACAGAGAGUCAGGGGUUCACAGCAACUCGUCCUCUUCUGAAGAUAACGACACAGAAGAAUGCUACAUGACAAUGGAAGCUCCAGAAAAUAUAAGUCAUCCUCAAAGAAAAGCAGCUUUACAGUACUGUGAAGUCCAGAUAGUUGACGGGGAAACAAAAUCUCAAGUGCCUGUUCGACGACGUGAUGCUGAAUCACAUUACACUACAAUAAAUGAAGAAUCCACUCAAGCCUUCUUGCAAACAUGCCGRCAACAAAAAACAUCAAGAAAUUAAAUUGAAAAGAUUUAUAAUAUGAAUAUAUAAUGGACGUCAGUCCACAGGUUUGUAGUUGAAACAGACGUAGUGAUAUUUCAAAAAUUUACAAUACAAUCAUUAAUUAUAAGAUCCUAAAUAAAAACAAGUCAGAGACAACUAUUUUUAACAUUUAGCAGACGUAAUAAUCGUCUGUGAAAGGAAGAACUAGAAGAUAAUCGUCUUGUGAGGAAGAUAGUCUGAUUUUCAGACGGGCUACGACCGUGUGCCGAUGGACAUUGCUUCAAACUGCGUUCUCUAUUGUCUGAUUUUCAGUCAGUUAGCGCGAACGCUAAGAGGUGAAAAACAAAAGCAUAUAAACGUUAAAUCAGAUUUAACAAGUAUUUCUUCCAAGAACACGAUUGGAGGCGAUGUCCUUGGGGAAGAAAGCGUUGAACAAAUGCCCAUGCAGUUAAUAUCCACUGUAUUUCUAGCACUCGGUCUUGUCCUCCCAAAAUAUUUCUUCGUUUUGCUUCUGURUAGUCCUUAAUUCUCCUGAGGACGGUAAAUAAUACAACUUAGGUUUAUGAUUAUGAUUAACUGAUAAAUUUUAGUUAUUUCUUUUUGAUUAAUUACGAUGCCGUCAGAACGUUUGGGGAACAACAUGCACACGCACGAGGAAUGCAGACUUCAUAAACUGCGCAUGGUGUUGAUUUUAACUCAUUUUAUUGACACACUCUUAACGUCAUUAAAAAUAGGCUAACUGCAAGUUUUGAACAUUUUAUGACGUCAAGAGUUGUCAAUAAAAUGAUAUAUUAAAUUAGCGUGUGCAAUUUUUUUACAUGUACCCCAUUUUUAGUUAGAUGAAAUUAUUAUAUUUAUAUUAUAUUUGCUAAAAUCAUUAUUUGCGGAACGUGAUGGUAUUAGAAUAGUGUCGUGUUAUUGACACCAUAACCAACCAAUCAGCGAGACGGGGAAAAAUAGUCUCCUUCACGGUUCCCUUCGCCGUCUUGAAAGGUACGCUCAACAGUCGUCUCGCUUCGAUGUAAAGGCACGGCUACCUUUCAAGAUGGCGCAGCAAACCGUAAAGGAGACUACUGUUAGGUUUCAUAGAUUUUAAUGUUAUAUAUUUACAAGCAAAAUAUCUGUGAAACAUCCGUAAAAUCUGUUAUGAAUAAAUUUGAUAGAAAUG